GUCAACUCGUCAUUAAACCAAAACAACGAUCUGCACGGCAUGUUUUGAGUCUUGACUGGGCUUAUUUUCUUGAAACGGACAGAACUUAGGGCAUUUUUUAAUUUUAAAAUGCGCUUGACAAAUGUCUUGUGUAAAAAAGUGAAAUCGAAAACAAUAAUGGUCAUGAUGGAGUCCAUGGUUAGUGACCACAGGUUUAUUCAAAUUCGAGACCGGCUUGGUGAAAAAUUAGAAAUGGUCAGAUUCGACCCCAAAAUUCAAGCUGAGUGCGUUUACAAAGAGAAGAAGAAGAUUAGAAGUAUCAAGAAUUAGC